AAACCGCCGCCCUCCCAACGGCGCGGGGGAGCGGCAGCGGCGCUUCUCCUCCUCCUCCUGCUGGUGCCCGGCCCCGCCGAGGGGCUGCCGGCUCCGCGGCGGGGAGGGGACAGCCGAGGGCGGGCGGGGUGGAGGCAGAAGUUGCGAGGAGGGGCGCUGGGGGCUGAGGCUGGCGGGCGGGAGCCCCGCGCUGCCGUCGCCGCUGCCGCCGUCCGAGGGCAGAGCAGCGCCCAGCGCCGCCGCCGCUGCAGCCUCCGCCGCCGCGCCGAGUGGAGGGAGCGGCCCCUCCGCCGCCCGCCCGCCCACUCGCACCCAUGGGGGAUUCUGUGUUCAGCGAGAAGCCGCUGCGCUAUGCGGGUGAUUUCACUUGGAACAGCAUGUCAGGGCGCAGUGUUCGGCUGAAGUCAGUUCCCGUUCAAAGUCUGUCGGAGCUGGAGCGUGCUCGGCUGCAGGAAGUGGCUUUUUAUCAGUUGCAGCAGGACUGUGACCUGGGCUGUCAGAUUACUAUCCCCAAAGAUGGACAAAAGAGGAAGAAAUCAUUAAGAAAGAAACUGGACUCGUUAGGAAAGGAGAAGAACAGAGACAAAGAAUUUGUUCCCCAGGCUUUUGGAAUGCCUUUGUCCCAAGUGAUUGCUAAUGACCGGGCCUACAAGCUCAAGCAAGACUCUCAGAGAGAAGAGCAAAAAGAUGUUUCAGAUUUUGUGGCCUUUCUCUUGCCAUUUGGAACUAAAAGGCAGAACAAAGAACUUUCAAGCAGUAAUUCAUCUCUCAGCUCAACCUCAGAAACACCAAAUGAAUCUACUUCUCCUAACACACCCGAACCAGCGCCACGAGCAAGGAGGCGUGGUGCGAUGUCUGUGGACUCUAUUACAGAUCUUGAUGACAAUCAGUCACGAUUGUUAGAGGCUCUGCAGCUCUCUUUGCCUGCAGAAGCCCAGAGCAAGAAAGAAAAGGCAAGAGAUAAGAAACUAAGCCUGAACCCUAUUUACAGGCAGGUUCCCCGGCUUGUGGAUAGUUGCUGUCAGCACUUGGAAAAGCAUGGUCUCCAGACAGUAGGAAUAUUCAGAGUUGGAAGCUCAAAAAAGAGAGUAAGACAGUUACGUGAAGAGUUUGACCGCGGCAUAGAUGUUGUAUUAGACGAAGAGCACAGCAUUCAUGAUGUUGCUGCUUUGUUAAAGGAAUUUCUGCGUGACAUGCCUGACCCACUUCUCACCAGAGAACUUUACACACCUUUCAUCAACACUCUCUUAUUAGAGCCAGAUGAACAGCUAAGCACCUUACAGCUUCUCAUUUAUCUUCUACCUCCCUGUAACUGCGAUACCCUACACCGGCUGCUGCAGUUCCUUUCCACAGUGGCUGGCCACGCAGAAGACACCACAGACAAAGAUGGCCAAGAGAUUACUGGGAACAAAAUGACAUCACUUAAUCUGGCUACCAUCUUUGGCCCUAAUUUGUUGCACAAGCAGAAAUCUACAGACAAGGAAUUCUCAGUUCAGAGCUCCGCUCGAGCUGAAGAGAGUACUGCUAUCAUAGCUGUUGUACAAAAGAUGAUUGAAAACUAUGAAGCCCUUUUCAUGGUUUCCCCUGACCUACAGAAUGAAGUGCUUAUUAGCCUAUUAGAGACUGAUCCAGAUGUUGUGGACUAUUUGUUGAGGAGGAAAGCUUCCCAGUCAUCGAGCCCCGAGAUGCUGCGGUCAGAAGGUUCCUACUCCACAGGAGGAAGACAUUCUUCCACAGACUCCAACAAAGCUUCAAGUGGAGAUGUCUCCCCGUACGACAACAACUCCCCAGUACUGUCUGAGCGCUCGCUGAUGGCAAUGCAAGAAGAAGUUGCCCUCAGCCCAGAUAAGUUGUACAAGGUACCUGAACAGUACACGCUGGUUGGACAUUUGCAGCCUAAGACAAAGGAGAAUUUUUCUUCAUCACAGGCUGGAAAAGAUGUUUCUGAAGAUCAUUUUGAUAUCUGGGGUACCUGGCAUUCAACACUGAAAAGUGGCUGCAAAGAUUCAGCAAUGACAGGUUCUUAUGGGAACAUCUACGAAAGCAGCCUGCUGAGACCCGGACAGUGCUCUCUUUCCUAUGGGAACCUUGCCAUGUGUUCUCCUCAGUGGCAGGGUAGCUCCUCUGAAUUGGACACCAGCAGGCAGGUCAUGAGAAGGAGCCAGACGACUGCUGCCAUUCCUGAGUGUCAGCUCCCUCCCGCGGUGUCUCGGGUGUGCAGUAACCCACAAAUCGAAGUCGGCAAUAGGAGUUCAGACCUGUCACACUCAAAGUCGGAGCAGCACUUGACUUUAAGCAGCGUGGAGGACCUCACUGAGCGUGACUCAAACGUGGUUUGUUCACAAAGCACAGCCAAGCCCUCCUACAGAAAAGAGCGGCCACCCCCCCCCUACCCGGGCACAGCAAAACCAAGCUCCAUGUUCUCACAACGAUCAAGUGUUUCUUCAACCUUACACAAUUUGUGGAGACUUCAACGCCAAGAAAAAAUUUCAGGGACAAGAGCAGCUGGAGGACCACCAGCCAAAGCCCCCGACCAGGCCACUUCCAGGCAGGAGCGGCCGGCCCCACACACCCAAGCAGGUCACUUCUAUUCCACAGCACCUCACAGUCAUAACAGUAAAAAUGUUUCAGAGGUGGACUGGCAUGAUUGGCAAAGGGAAAGGUGGCAAAUUUGGGAGCUAUUAUCAGCUGAUAACCCUGAUGCCCUCCCAGAAACCCUUGUAUGAUCAGACUCUGUAGAACUGUCCCAGUACCUGUACCCCCCCAUCUCACAGGAAAGCAACAAUGUUUUUGGAAUUUUCCAGAAUUGGGGAAAUGGGGAGGGUUUCUUUGUUUUAUACCAACUGAAUUGCAUAUACUUUUUUUAAACUUUGUUCACUUUAAUUUCUUAACAGCACUGUCAAGCAGUCCAUUUACAAAUACAGUAUGUUCCUGUUUUUCAGCAAGCUUUUGAGAUAAAACCAUGAAAAGAUGAAAAUUUUAGUCCAAUAACUGUUCGCAUAUGCUGUGUAUAAGAUAAAACUGUCGCUUUGAUGUUGCUAAAAUGUAUUUAUAUAUCUGCAGUUCUGAUGAUUGUAUAUUCUGUAAUGGGUAUUGUAUGAUAAUCACAUAUUUUGUUUUCAUAUACAGAUGUCAAUCAAUCAUGACUGCUUUUUUUAAAAAGUCACUGCACUUACAUUACCGUGAUAUGCAUUGGAAUUCUAUAGAAAGUGCACAAGCUGGUUUCUGUGCUUAUAUAAAAAAAAACCUGUUAAAGGGAGAAGUUGUCCUCCUUUUCACUGCCUAUUGAAAAACACUAAAAUAGAGUGGAACAUGAAAAGCCAUAUAUUUUAUAAGGGUAGAAGCAAGCUUAGAGGGGAAAAUACCAAGUAUUUUUUCUUAUAGAUAUAUUUGCAAACAAAAUUAAAAUUUGAUACAAGAUUGUAAAAAUGUGUUAGGGGUUUUUUGUUUUUUUUUUAGAUUCUGAUAGGAAACAGCUCAGAGAAUCAACUAAGAGCAAGGCCAUGCCUAAAACAACUAAAGGUGUAGUGCAAAGGUCUGCCCUUCCAUUCUAGAGGAAAACCAACCUUAUAUAUACAGGAUAUAAUAUAUAUAUUUAUAAAUGUAUGAUUUUAUGUAUUGUUCUUAAUAAACUGGAAUCCAAAUUUUAGAAAACCAAACCAAAUAAAUUGAGGUGUGUAACAACUGAGAAAGAAUAUGGCUUUUCCUUUGAAAUAACAAAGCUUUAGCGUUAAAGAGAAAAAUGAUAGACAUAGGAAAGGGAGUCACACAGUUUCAGAAACGAACAUGACGUUUGGAGAAGUUCACAGCUGCAUUUCAAUAAAUAUUGCGCCAAAUUCUGGGUCAACAGUACUUCCUCAAUAGUUGUAUGUUGCAUUGUUAAAUGUUGCUGUUUUAAACACGCUCUGGUGGUUUUAAAUUGCAAAAUUGUUUACGGCCAGCAGGUGGCAAUGUACUUCAGUAUUCCAGAGAAAAAUCUUCUUAUCACUUGAUAAGGGAAAGUGUAUCAUACUAAAAGAAUUUUAAAAAACGCAUUAGUCUAAUUUUAAUGAAGUUGAAGACUUAUUCAGUGAUGUUGUCUUUAAGUUCUAUCUCGUGCCAUACUGAUGGAAUAAAAAGUUAAGCAAAAUAAUGAGCAUAAUUUUUGCUCCUUUUUUUGAAGUAAGGUUUAUGUAAAAAUUGAUGUGGUUUUAUUACAUUCUUGAGUAUCUCUGUCAAAAACGGCUAAAAGGCUUAAAAGAUUAAGGACCACUUUCAAAUACAACUUAAAUAUACAAGAUCCAAAGUUUUACUUGAGUCUUAGGCUUAAAAUCCAUCAUAUAAAGAAUCUGCCCAUCAUAAUCUCCAUUCCCCAAGUAAAGUUGUAAGAGAAAAGCACCAACCCAAGUAGAAAGGGGCAGAGUUUGGCCUUUGACUAUUGUAGUACUGUCAGGCUGGGCAGCUAUUUUUAUGAAUACUGCAACCAGAAUAAAUCUCAGUUCUCCUGGCGGUUGCAAGGCUUUUCCACAUACUAUCUUGAUAUGAAAAGUGGUAGGAAAAGGCUCUUGCAUGUAGCUUGUUGCAGCAGCUCUGUGUCUACUUAUUGCCAAAAGAAAAUACCAAAAACCAACCCCACCCCAGAUUAAGAAAAUAGUGGAAUAUAAGGACAAAACCAAGCUCUCAAAAGCAAUCUUCACUAUUUGAUCUUGUCUCAAUAUUAUCCCAGGCUUGAUACAGAACUGCUACAGGGAAUUAAAUCUCCCUAAUAGUCCUCAAAACCAGGCAUAGUGCAAAUCCCGCUGCAGAAGAUACUUUGUUCACUAGAUGUCCGUCUCUGCAUUGUAAAUCCCUUUUUAAAUACAGAAGCACCUGCGUGCUUUUAACUUUUUGAGUGAUAGAUGUCUAAUGAUUACUCAGCCUCAUAAAGAGUUUGCUUUUUGCCAGUAUCUUUCUCUGUAUAUCUGUGUAUAUGUGUGUAUAUUACCGUCUAUAUAGAAUUUAUGGAAAAUGGAGAACAAAACCCAAGACCACUGCUGGAGGACAACCAUGUCUGCACACGUUUCAAUAUAUAAUUGCUUGGAAGAAAAGAGAUAUAGAAUAAAUUCCAGUGAAUUAAAGUAACACUUGCCAAGACUA